GGAAUACAGAACUUUGUUAGAAGGAACACCAUAUCUCCCUGUUGUAAAGAGUCCUUAACAACCACCCAGUUCGUGGCAGAGACAGGGAGAACAGAGACUGCAGUCUUUGACUCUUUCUGGGGCUAAAACCUGAGCCAUGGCAUCUGUAUCAUUUCGAGAGCCAGUAUCUUCCACAGUGGGAAAACGGAUGAUUGUUACAGGCCCAGAUUAUAUAAAGGAUCAUCUACCAAAAAUUCAUCAGCACACUUCCUAUAUAGGAGAAAAGCGCCCAGCAUUAGAAAAGACUGGAGAUCUCAGAUAUUUAUGGAGGCCUGCCUCAAACAGAUGCUUACCGGCAAAAUAUAAAUAUGAGUAUGUUGGUGAAAUUGGUUGGGGAAUACCAGAGUAUGAUUUUAUCAACCAAACAAGGCUUUGGACUGGCUUUCACAUCAAGUAUGGAGAACAAAGUCAAGCCACUAUUGAUAAAAUAGGACACAGAUACCAAAAUCCAUGGCAACCAAAACCUUAUAUUAUGGAUAUGCAAGGAAGAUUCAGUCGUGGUUCUAUUGCCUGGCAUAUGGGUGAUUAUGAGAACACCGAUCAAAGAAAUUCCAAAGCGGCUGUCCUUGUCAGGCAGAGCACGGCAGAAUUGCCAAGAGCUUCCAAACAACCGAAGCUGCCAAAGCGACCAAGAAAGGAGGUCCGGAACUCCAGUGUCAGCUACGAAGAUGGGAAGCAGCAGGGGCACACGUCUGAUGACGUUUCAGCGGGGUGCCAGGGCCCGCAGGUUGUGGGCGACACAGGCUACGUGGUUGGUGGGAGCAGCGUUAGGGUCAGCCCCAUCACAGGGAGAAACGGCGGCAUGUCACACAACUCACCCCAGGACGACACCUAAUUCUUUCACGUGGACUCGUGUGUGACCACGCAGAUACUCAGACAGCAUCUUACUUUUCAGGUACAUCUCCUGUAGUCUGUCUUCAAGAUGCAUGAUGCACUGGGGAGCCAACAACAUUCAGGAUGAGGGGCAGCAUUCAAACCUCUGCCAAUAUUCUAAGAGCUGGAAUUCUCUUAAUUCCUUUCUAAGUACACACCUAUAACCUCAUUCCUUUCAAAUACACAUAAAUAUUACAGACCGCAUCAAACCCUACCACUGGUAGGUAUAAGGAAAGGUUUAUAUAAAACAACAGUUUACUUUUUCUAAUGACUAUUAAGAUUUUCAUACAUAUCUGCUAGUCUUUUUUAAAAAGCAUUUUUAACAUAGAUGAAAUCAUUCCGUUAAGUGCAUUUAUUUCCUACUUUUAAAAAACUUUAUAAUAAUCCUUUCCCUGUGUUAUUAACAAAUCUUUAUCAAAGUAAUUUUUAUGGCAAAAUAAUUUCUGAGAAUGUAAAUUAUCAUUAUUUGCUUAUCCACAUGGCAAUCUGAGUUUUUGUUGCUAUAAUUUUUUAAAGAACAUCUUUGUUGUCGUUUUCCUGUAUCUCAGAUUGUUUUGGCGAAAUACAUCCCCAAAAGUAGAGUGAAUGGAACAAGGUUACUUUAAAUUUUUUGUUUUUGUUUUUGCUCUCAAGAGUGCAUUUUAACUAGGUCUUUAAUAACAAUAAAGAAAAGGCAAUUAUUCUCAGGACAUCUCUACCCUUGGAAUUGUGUCCAACUUCAUUUUUUAGAGAAUAGCAACCAUCUGUGUCUUUCACCAGAGGCAAAUGCUUUUGCGUUUGGCAGGCAGAGCCAUCCAAGCAUCUUCAGUAAGACACCUGACGGCUUUGGCAAGGGUAAUUCCAUCAUACAUAAUUUUCUUCUAGACCAUUACGCCUGUUAUUUUCAAGGUAAAAAGAUUAACAGAUGCAUUUGAAAAUGUUGAUCCUGACCAUCUGGGCUGAUCAUAGAAAAAGUAUUCGAGAUGCAAUCUUACAGUUUUUCAUUGGCUUAAAAUCUUUUAAAUGUAUUGUGCUGAGGAAAAACAACUGGUAAGUGUCUAAUAAGAGUAAUAAUUAAAGCAAGGAAGGUUUCACCAAUCCUCAUGGAAAUGCUCCUCCAAAUAAGCAGAGCUAAGCGGUAAAAGGAGCUCCCGUUAAGUUUCAGUUUCUUAUAAACACAAAGUUUUUAAUAAGAGUGUUAUAAAAUAUUAAAAAGAACAUUCACAUUAUGUUGAAUCCUUUGUUUUAAAUGGUUAAUUGAUGGUGUUUUCAUAGUCCCCAUGAAAGCUGUAUGUUGUAAUGUGGAAAUAAAGAGAACACUGGUCUAUAUGGAAUGUAUACUAAACUCAAAAUCAAAUCAUUUAGAAUUUUUUUUAUAAAAGGUCUGAUUAUCAUAUAGAACCACUUUGGGCUCUGCCCUCCCCUUUUUCUGGGAUUUUAUUCCUGAGAUGGAUUUGUUUAAUUUUUAACUUCUGAAAUUUUAAAUAGCUACUUUCAUUUUUUUAUACUGAAGGCUCUAAUAGCCACUUACUCAUGUGUUUCAGUCAAGUGAUUUUUAGGGAAACUUUGAAACUGCAAAUGAAAUUUUCUUUCAGCUUGGUUUUGUCAGGUUAAAUAAGUCAUUCCAUUCAUACUACUGAGUGGCUAAACAUGCGUCUGUCAAAAACAAAAACAAACCAAAAAACAUACUUUAGCCCAAAUGAAGUAAAAAGAAUUAAUUAUAAUGAUUUAUUGCUUGGAUAACUAAGAUGUCAAAUGUAAUAAGAGCUAUAUAUUACAGAAAAAAAUGUGAAACAUGGUAAAUACUUAAAAUAGUAAAAAAAAAAAAAGUAUAAAAUCGAAUAUA